ACGGAAACAUGCACUUCACAUUUUACAUGGUUAAAUACGAAGGCUGCUCAAAAUGCAACGAAGUGGUUUACAACACCGAGUAGACAAGCGCAACCGAUGCAGUCAGAGCAACCGACAACGUCGAGGCAGCCGACGUCGUAGGAACGGGCGUGGUGGUGGGGGUCGUGACCUUGGAAGUAGUCUUGGGGGCAGCAGUCGUCGUGAUCACUUCUUCUUCAACAGUGGAGUUGGGGUCCACAGUGGCGCGGGGCUUGACGGUCGUGGUCUCAGGAGGAGUUGUCUUCAAAGGAUCCACGUUGCAUUGCUUGGCAUACGGGAGUACGUCGUUGGCAGGGACACGGGUGUCAAAGACGCAUCGAGGGUACUUGCCCACCAAGUUCUGGACAGCGACCACACACGACGGCACCGCGCAAAUGUCAUCGGGACGGCCGUCAAAAAUUUGCUUUUGGGCGUCCGAGCGGCACUUGUUGUAGCUUGGGGUGCUCUCGAGCUGGUUAAUCUGGCUGAUCUCGACCGAUGUGCAGAGUGCCUUGAUCGUCGUCGGCGCAGGAGUGGGGGCUUUGGUAGUCGUGGCAGUUUGGCCGCUCACGAGGGCGGCGGCGACGCACGCAACGAAAUAAACAGCUUUCAUGAAGGUGAGCGCUGAAUGGGG